AUGGAUGGCACGGUACCCGUCAGCAUCGACUCGGGAUCUCGCCCGCGGGCCUCGUACCCAAAGCGCGCAGCCAUCGGCGCCUCGUACCCGCUCCGCGGCAUCUGGUACUUUGUGCGCAACCGCGAGUUCUGGCCCCUCUUCGUCGGCAGGCUGCUCCCGCUGUCCCUCAUCUCCCUCGUCGUCUACCUCGUCCUCUUCACCUUUGCCUUCCUCCCCCAGUAUGCCUUUCUCGCCAUCUUCCACGGCUGGGGAGCCUGGGUCAACGCCGUCGUCUUGACCCUCGGCGAAGGCCUCGUCAUUAUCCAGGGGCUCUUCGAGGGCUUCUUUGUUGACGAGUGCCGAGUCGACGUCUUUGAUGCAACCAUGAUCAAGCUUGGCCUCCAGCACCUCGUCUCUCCGCACCGGCUCCUCUUCGUCGACGCGUCCAACGCCGUCAAGAUGCUGGGCAAGCCCACCAGCCCCGCCAUCUACCAACCCUGGAGCAUCAUCCAGAUUGUCGAGCUCAUCGUCUUCCUCCCCCUGAACCUGGUCCCGUAUGUCGGAACGCCAGCCUUCAUCAUCAUAACGGGGACCAGAAUCGGCAAGUUGUCGCAUUACCGCUGGUUUCAGCUGCGCGGACUGUCCAAGCACGAGCAGAAGCGAGAGAUUCGGAGCCUCACGUGGGACUAUGUGUGGUUUGGGACCGUGGCCAUGCUCCUCGAGCUCAUCCCUAUCCUGUCCUUCUUCUUCCUCUUGACGACGACGGCCGGCUCGGCUAUGUGGGCAGCGAGGAUGGAAGAGGAGAGGCGCCGCAGCCAGACUGUUGUUGAUCCUCACUUCAAUGCCCGGCUGCCAUCGCACUCGCCGCCAUCGCGCUCGCCGCCAUCGCGCUCGCCGCCAUCGCGCUCGUCACCGCCCCCGCCGUACUCCGACCACGCAGCGUGA